AUGGCGCAAAGUUUCCUUCCGCAUUCAGCGCAGUCUGGGGCUGACACAAAGACGAGAGGCGAGGGCGUCGUCAUGGCAGAGAUGGACCCUGAGAGUGCCACCCACACCGAGGCCAUGGUGGAGGAAGAGGAGCCCUUUUUCAGCAACCUGGACCUCUUCCUCUUCUCCUUGAUUAUCGGCAUCAUCAUUUAUUGGUUCAUGUCCCGUAAGAAGCCAGAGCCCAUCCCCGAGUUUAAGAAGCUUGACACACCAGCACCCACCACACGAGAGACGAGUUUCAUUGAGAAAAUGAAGAAAACUGGAAAGAACAUCAUCGUCUUCUAUGGGUCCCAGACGGGUACAGCAGAAGAGUUUGCAAACAGACUGUCCAAAGACGCUCAGCGCUACGGCAUGAAGGGAAUGGCUGCUGAUCCAGAGGAAUAUAGCAUGGGGGAACUUUCCCGUCUGUCUGAGAUUGAAAACUCCCUCGCCAUAUUUUGCAUGGCAACCUACGGCGAAGGAGACCCAACAGAUAACGCUCAGGACUUCUAUGACUGGCUGCAGGAGAAUGAUGACGAAGACCUCUCCGGACUAAACUACACCGUGUUUGCUUUGGGCAACAAGACAUAUGAGCACUACAACGCAAUGGGAAAGUAUGUGGACAAAAGGCUAGCAGAGCUGGGUGCCAAGCGAAUCUUUGAUCUCGGUAUGGGAGACGACGAUGGCAACCUGGAAGAGGACUUUAUUUCAUGGAGGGAGCAGUUCUGGCCUGCUGUGUGUGAACAUUUCGGAGUGGAGGCGUCAGGAGAUGAUUCGAGCAUCCGACAGUACGAGCUGAAGGUGCACACCGACCUCAACAUGAACAAAGUCUACUCGGGGGAGAUUGGCCGCCUGAAGAGUUUUGAGGUCCAAAAGCCGCCCUUUGAUUCUAAAAACCCUUUCCUGGCCCCAGUCACUGUCAACCGCAGACUCAACAAAGCUGGUGACCGGCAUCUUAUGCACCUGGAGCUGGACAUCACAGGUUCCAAGAUCAGAUAUGAGUCAGGAGACCACGUUGCUGUUUUCCCCACAAAUGACACUGGGUUGGUGAAUAGGCUGGGAGAGGUUCUUGGCGUGGACCUUGAUGUUGUUAUCUCUCUCAACAACCUUGAUGAGGAGUCAAACAAGAAGCACCCUUUCCCCUGUCCCACCACCUACCGCACGGCCCUCACUCACUACUUGGACAUUACUAACUCUCCUCGCACCAACGUCCUGUAUGAGCUGGCUCAGUACGCCUCCGACACCAAAGAACAGGAGAACAUGCGCAAGAUGGCGUCCUCCUCCCCUGAGGGCAAAGCUCUCUACCAGAGCUGGGUCUUGGACUCCAGCAGAAACAUACUCGCCAUCCUGGAAGAUAUGCCCUCUUUGAAGCCUCCCAUUGACCACCUGUGUGAGCUGCUGCCUCGUCUCCAGGCGCGCUACUAUUCCAUCGCCUCCUCCUCUAAAGUUCACCCAAACAGCAUCCACAUCUGUGCCGUGGUGGUGGAGUACGAGACCAAGACAGGUCGCGUCAACAAAGGAGUUGCUACCAACUGGCUGAAAAACAAGCUAGUGAACGGCCACAAGUCAACUGUUCCCAUGUACAUCCGCAAGUCCCAGUUCCGCCUGCCUUUCAAAGCCACCAACCCCGUGGUCAUGAUCGGGCCCGGGACUGGAAUCGCUCCAUUCGUCGGCUUUAUCCAGGAGAGAGGCUGGCUCAAGCAGCAAGGUAAGGAGGUCGGAGAGACAGUGUUGUACUUCGGCUGCAGACACAAGAACGAGGACUUUAUUUACCAGGAGGAGCUGGAGGAAGCAGAGAAGAACGUAGUCUUAACACAACUCAAUGUGGCCUUCUCCAGAGACCAGGAGCAAAAAGUGUACGUGCAGCAUCUCCUGAAGAAAAACAAGGAAGACCUCUGGAAGCUGAUUCACUCGGACAAUGCUCAUAUCUACGUCUGCGGGGAUGCAAGUCACAUGGCUAAGGACGUGCAGACGGCUUUCCAUGAGAUCGCAGAGGAAGUGGGAGGCAUGACGCGCACUCAGGCCACAGAUUAUGUCAAGAAACUGAUGACCAAGGGACGCUACUCACAAGACGUGUGGAGUUAGAGAACCUCAGAUCCAGUCUCACUCUUUACUGCUAAAGUGGUAGUUUUUAAAGUUUCUAUUUUUACUGUCUUGUUCAGUACUGAAUGCAACAACAUUCAUCUCUGGCUCAUACUUACCAAGGUUCAUGAGGGCUACAUGUAGCAGAGAAUCAUGAGGCACACCCUACCUCAGCAUUCAACAAGUCUGCAACGGUUUUUUUCUCUGUAGUUACCAGAGACCAUCGAAUGUCUCUGAAAUGAAUAAUCAAACAAGAUAUUGUAACAGGAUGUUUUCUCCAGCUCUUCAAGAGCUUUGAGGUAAAAGUAAAAAAUCUGCUGGUUUGAAAUCCCCGCAACCAUUUUCAGAUCAUAGCAAUAAAUACAGAAAUAGGUUGUUUUGUUUUAGAUGUGGUUUUGAUCAGACUUCAUGUCACAACACCUGGGACAUCGUGGCAUCAAGUAGGAGGAGAUGUGGAGGGUUGUGUGCUCCUGCUGCAGUGUUCAGAGCAGCUUUGACAGGAGAGGGUGCUUCUUUCACUUUUCCUUCUGUGCUGCGUUAUUAGCACUUAAGAAGUGCUGAAAACUCGUAAGAUCCUUCUAAAUGCGUCUGAGGAAAAUUCUAAGUGUCAACAGCUGGCACCAUAGGUACAGUUAUGUCUACCAGUGACAAGGGAGUGGGCCUUUUUAUGCAUAAGUUGCUGAAAUGUUUUUUUAUUAGCAACAAUUACCUUAGAGGCGCUGGGGGAUGGUCAAAGAUUUUUAAAGAACCAUGAGAUUAUGUGCAUUUUGUUUUCAUCAAAAGCUUGCUUUGGAACACGAGGAAAAUAGUUUGAAAUCCUGUGAUAUUUGUGAAAUGUUAAAGUAGUUUAAAGGCUAGAUUCAAUAUCAGGUCACGGCCCCCGAAAUACUGUUUGAUUUUCAUGCAUCUGCCAGCAGAGGAGUAUGAGUUAAACUGACGACACAACCUCGCCUGUUUCAUUCUGAGUUGGGU